UUGAGAUAAAUCAGCAGUUCUCUGAAGUUUCCAUUCUUAUUUUGGAGCCUCUUGAGGUAGUCCUGUGUUCUCAGAUUUAUCAUCAAACACACAUUGCCAACUAGACCACGAGAUAAGAUAAACUAUAACAUAUCAAUCAUCUUUAAGGACAGCUAUUUCCAGUGGUUUGUUGCACUUACCAGCUCUAACUAAACCUAUGCUUGCCAAUGUCAAAAAGGCAAGCAUUGCAGUUAACACCACUUUCAUGUUAUCCAGCUUAAGGGAAAGUGACUUGAGUCUAUUGGAAAUGCUGUAGCUGAUCUAGCCUAUCACUAGAUUUGAAGAUGAGUACAUUUGAAGAGGCUUCUGAGCCAGUAACAGCUGAAAUUGUGAGCUUUGUUUUACUUACUGAGGAUACAGACAGGAACCUCAUUCUUUGCAUUCAGAAUGAAGCUAGUGAAAUGGAAAACCCUACUGAACCUCAGGAUAAGAGGUCUUGCUUGUCCACAGAAGAUGAUUUGACUCCUUAUAUGCCAGCUGCUGCAUUCCCACUACCAGAAAUGGAGCAGAGCUUUGAUUUGGUCACAACUACAGCCACAGAGGUGGCAGGGGAAGAGAUUACUGAGGGAACUAUGAUGCAGUUCCAGAUUUUACAGGAUGACAAACCAGAUGAAAGAUUCCCCUUGGCUAGUGCACAAGAGUCAAUCGUUAGUCAAGCAUGGUUAAGAGGUAGAGAAGAUAAAGAUAAGCUAACCAAACAAGGAUAUAAAUGGAAGCAGGGCAUGUGGUCCAAGGAAGAAACAGAUAUUUUGAUGAACAACAUUGAACGUUAUAUGAAGGAACAUGGAAUAGAGAAUGCUGCAGAAAUCAUUUUUAAGACGUCAAAAGGUAAAAGAAAAGAUUUCUACAGAACUAUAUCAUUGGGUCUGAAUCGGCCAUUGUUUUCAGUUUAUAGGAGAGUGGUCCGAAUGUAUGAUGACAGAAACCAUGUGGGAAAGUACACCCCUGCAGAAAUUCAAAAGCUCAAGGAACUCUGGCAACGACAUGGCAAUGACUGGAUAACAAUAGGUGCCGCCAUGGGAAGAAGUCCAUCUUCUGUCAAAGACCGUUGCCGACUGUUGAAGGAUACUUGUAACACGGGAAAAUGGACCGAAGAAGAAGAACGGAUUCUCGGAGAUGUGGUUCACGAAUUGACACACACUGAGGUGGAUGAGAAGGUCACACAUGGUGUGUGUUGGGCAACAGUCGCUCAAAGAGUAGGUACUCGCUCAGCAAAGCAGUGUCGUGCUAAAUGGCUCAACUACCUGAACUGGAAACAGACUGGAGGGAUUGAGUGGACCAGGAAAGAUGAAGUCACUCUCAUCCACAUACUAGCAGAGCUUGAUGUAGCUGAUGAAAACGAAAUUCACUGGGAUGACUUAGCUAAAGGAUGGAAAAGUGUUCGUUCACCACAAUGGCUGCAUAGUAAAUGGUGGACCAUCAAAAGGCAAAUUACAAACUAUAGGGACUUUGCAUUCCCAGUCCUAGUAAAAUGUCUUCAACAAAUAUAUGAGAGCCAAAGUGCCAGUCUCAUGUUUGGAGAGAAUAAAUCAGAAUCUGAAGUUUCAGAUAGUAACCCUGAUAACAGUGUACAACAAGUCCCCCUCAGAGUCACAGGUGUAGAAGAUAACAGUACAUCCAUCUAUCCAGACCCUGUGACCGGAUUGCAAAGUACACUCCAGAUUGCCCCUGGCAGUUCAACAGAUUACCCUGUGGCUAUUGUUAACUCUGAAACAAUAACCCUGCUCAGUGGACCACAAUAGAUAUUUGAUAUUCUUCCUUAUUUCCAUUUAUGAUCCAUUCCCUCUCCUUGUACCGACUUCCUUCAAACAAGCUCAACUCAAGGACUUCCCUUAAUUGUGACAACUAGUCCCACAGUAAGCCUGAUGGCUGCUGUACCUGCUUCUCCUAACCUAUCACACUUUGUCUUUUAUCCCCAGAACAUCUAUUGAGCACUCCAAUAAAUGACAUGUGGAGUGUCAUACAUCAAGAAUCAUCACUGAAACUGUUGCAGAAAAUAAUAUUGUUCUUUCCACUUUCCAAGCAGAAUUGGCAGUCAAUAAUGACAUCUAAUGUUCUUAUUUUCAUGAUCUUGCAAGUUCAUUCAAAGCAAACAAAUUUCCUGAGAGAAUUCUUCAGCUAAGAUAGUUCUGCAGCCAUCAUUUAAAUAUGCACUUGUUUCUCAAUUCAGAGAACCAAACAGCAUAGAGCUAAUGAACUGUGCUAUGAUUACAGCAGAAGAAAAUUUCUGUGACACCAGCCAUAAGAAUAAGAAAUUUACUCUGAUUUAUCCAGUGCUUGCGUUACUGAGGAUUGAGUCACUCAUCAUAGUAGAGCAAGAGCAUUACACAAGUGAUAUCAAAACUAUGUUUUGUGCCCCUUCACUACCUGGAUUUAUCAAAGCAUGGGAUUUUACAAGUACUGAACCUGUCUUGCCUUUCACAACACUAAUAGGUCUUAUAAUCCCAAAACAGCAAGGUUCAAAUACCAUUGGAUUCUUUUUGGAGAGCCCCAUUUCUAUAGACUUCAAAGAUAUUGGACUUGCUAAAAUAUUACUAGCCUAUCCUUAAAAACAAGCAAAGUGCCAAAAAGCAUUAUUAUAUCUGCAGAGGAACAGGAGCCAUUUCCAAGAGAUCUUACUUUCUAAUCUCCUGACUCAUACAGCUACAGUGAGUUAGCUAUGAACAUUAAGACAUUGACUUCUCUUUACUAUUUUCAAUAUACCUGAGGUCUAGUUUUAUGACAGUGUGUGUAUGUGUGUGUGUGUGGCGAAAAGUUUAAUUGAACAUAGCCCUGUGUUGAAUGUUAUCAAGAGGUAAAUAUUUUUCCUUCAUCUACUGGAAAGUUUCAAAUCACCAAAGGUUAACUGCAGUAAUAUCCAUGUCUAUAGCUCAGACAUGGUACUCAAUUAAAUCUCCAGAGGGUCACUUACAUUUCAAACAAGUCCUAACAAUACAGUCCAGUGUUUAUUGGUUACAAAUACAGAGACGUUGCAGGUGACUUUCUGUUAAUUAUUCUUGGUUAACCCAUUGUUGGCAGAUGGAGCCCACUUAGAUAGCAGAAAGUGAGUAAAGAAAAUUCACUACAAUUUUACUGUUCUUAAAGGGAAUAUGAAUUAGCAAUCAAAUCUAUUAGUAGGGAAGAAGUUUCCACCCACUCAUCUUAUUACCACAUUUUAGUUUACAGUUUGCACACUGAAUUGAAACUAAAUGAGGAAAGAUGUACAGUCCCUGCACUUGAUAACCAGGACAUUUUAUUACAUGCUGUACUAUAUAAAAAACACAGAAAUCAGAGAGAGAGCUUGUAUUGUACCCUUACCAACCAAUAUGCUACAUAAAUGGAAGCUUUAAAGACAAAGUUUUCAUAUGUAAUAAAAGAAACAGAUCAAUUGCCAUUCCUACUGGUUAUGCCUAAACUGGCUUCUAGAUUCUAACUGAUGUGUUUGCUAUAAAAAUUCACCAAAAGUAUAAUAACAUAACUUGGUUGUGAAGAUAUAAUUCUGAGCAUAAUUGACUAUUUCAUAUUAGGAAAACACAAACAAUAAGA